UUAUAAAGAAUUUAAAACUUAACGAUGGGUUCCUGUACAAACGACCGUAAUUACAUGAAUGAACUAGUCGACAUUAUUAACGAAAUUGUUUGUCGACAACCAGAACCAGAAAUAUGCAACAUAAGAUGUCCACCCUUAGGAUGUCCCCGAGGUCCCUGUCCAGGAGCAUGUUCCUAUGAAGGAAUACCUGAUGCUUGCUGCACAUCAAAAAUGCCCUGUUGUGCACCCCCUCCACCCCUUCCCUGCCGAGUACCGCCAUUAUGCUUCUUGCAAUCGUUCGCCAAAGAAGUUGGCUACCCUCCCGAUUCCUGUUUUUCACCACCGAAUGCACGACUUCGUUUAUUACUCAGUGUUCCUGCGCGAAGGAACGUGCAAGUAUCAACUUGCCCCCCUCCACCGUGUAGUCCCUACCCUCCAAGUUGUAUGCCCUGUUGCCCUUAUUGAAAAAUCGAGGAUUGUUCACAAACGUCUCUUCUCAAUAUUUUAUUCCAGCGUUGUAAAAUUACAAAAUUACUCGAAUUCGUGUUAAUAGAAAAUAAAUUGUAUGAGUGGUUCAAUAAAAGAAUCUAAGAUCAGUAU